AUGCGAGGUUCACGAAAAGUAGCCCAGGAGUCCACCAGAGACUGCUCGGGCUACACUAAGGAGCAGAGAGGAAGGAGAAGUCGUGGAGGUGCAGUGAGGAUGCAGAGGACAGACCCAACGAGGAGAAUGGCUCCACCCUGCCCCAGUGAACCAGGCGAGAGGUCUGUCCUAGUGCCCGUCCGUCCCGCCCCCCCCCCCGUGCUGUGGACAGCUGGGCCGCGCGCCCCCACCCCGCCCUCGAGUGCUGUGUUUGAGGACGAACCGCAGUUGUCACUUCUCUUCUCGAUGUUUAUUUAUACAAGACCUGACCCGAUCAUUCGUCUGUGCAGCAGCCCUGCCUUCCACCGCUGUAGUCACCCUAGCCCUCGCCGUGCUAUUGAUGCUGUACCCCAUGGAACUCAAGAGCAGGAUACUGGAGCUGCAAGCAGUCAAAGGCUUCACCUAUUGCACCGGAUUGAGAAGAUGUUCCUGCAGUUACUGGAGAUCGAGGAGGGCCAGAAGGAUGGGCCCUCACAGCCCUGCCGCUCUGAGCAGCACAGCAACCAGGUCGAGAAGCUCUUCCAGGCUCUAAAGACCCAGGAGCAGAACAACCUGGAGGAGGCAGCAGAUAGCAUCCUGCAGGUGCUCUCCGUAAGGAAGGGGAAAGCCCUGGUGGCCCGGCUUCUGCCCUUCCUGCCCCAGGAUCGGGCUGUCAGCCUUCUUCUGGCUAUCACCCGCCACCUGCCCCUUCUGGUCCGGAGGGACGUGACUGACCAGGCCCUACACAUGCUAUUCAAACCUCUGGGCAAAUGUAUCAGUCACUUAACCUUCCAUGAACUCCUCCGAGGACUUCAGGGACUCAUGUUGCUACCACCCGGCUCCUCGGAGCGACCACUCGCCAUGCUGCUUCAGAAUCAGUUUGGAAUAUCUUUGCUCUAUGCUCUGCUGAGUCAUGGGGAGCAGCUGGUAUCCCUGGAUUCUACUCUAGAGGAACCCAACAGUGACCACACAAGUUGGACAGACAUGGUAGUUCUGAUUGCCUGGGAGAUAGCCCGAAUGCCUACAGCCUCUCUGGCAGAACCACUAGCCUUCCCCAGCAACCUAAUUCCCCUGUUUUGUCACCACGUGGACAAACAAUUGGUUCAGUAGCUAGAAGCUAGGAUGGAGCUUGCCUGGAUCUACUGA